AUAUGUGUGUACAUGUCGUGUUUUCUUUGUCAUCUAGAGUUUGGCCGUCAAGACAUUAAGUCGAAAGUUUCCUAAAAAUGUCUGGAACAUGGAGGAAACAUUUUUUAUCCCUCAAGAACUUCGUUAUCUGUACAAAGACUUGACCAUCACUGACAGAUCGUCUGAUGUCUACACUGACUGGAUUAAAGAAUCCGAAGUCCAUACCAAUAGUGGCUUGCUUUCGACGUGUCCCUGGAAAUAUAGAAUGGUUUGGAAUCCAGACAGAAUACCCAGUAGUCACGUCGAGGCAGUGUGUCUGACUGCUCAGUGUCUCAAAGGAAAGACAGAUGUGUACCAAGAUUCUUAUCAUGUCGACUCAGAUUGCUCGAAAAUCGAGUAUGCCAGAUGGGUCAAGGUCAAAACCAGAACGGCAGACGGGAGAGACAAGUUUCGAAAGCGAAUUCUGAUGGUCAACGUUGGAUGCACAUGCAAACCAGAGAAUGUCAUAAAGUUGAACUAGUUACUGUCAAAUACUUCCAUCAAAGAAAAUAGAGCAAGUUUAUGUUCACAAAUGUCGUAAACGUGAAUGACUUGCAGACCUCUCUCUCUCUCUCUCUCUGUGUGUGUGUGUGCGCGCGCGUGUGCCUGCGUGUUUGUGGGACAAUUCACUUUUACUAAUGUUGUAAAUUUGAAUGGCUUACUCUCGAGCAUUCCGAAUGUCGAAAAUCUAACAUAGAUGUAAAUCUAUAACUGACACUAAUGACAUUUGAUCUAAGCUACCUACGUGUUUAUUAUUAGAUUAAUUUGAAUAAGUAUAUUUUGCUAAAUAAUUUUAAAUAUUCACAUAUUAUUAUUUUAAUAUUGAAGCGGCCAACUUUUCGAUUAUAAAUAAUUUGUGCCAGUGGCAUCACAAGGGUGUGCGAGGGGUGUAGGCCGCACCCGGUGAGUGACACCAACUCUAUAGAAACACCACUGAUUCGUACCAAUUAUCUAAUCCUUUUUUUUUCUUUGAUAUUAAUUUGAAUCUAGUCGCAAGUCACAUUAAAGAAUGAAGUGUGCAUUUAGUUAUUGUAGAAACUUCAGAGGAGUUUCUGUAUUUUCUUUUCAACUUUAACAUUUCUGUAUGUCCUAUACAUCAUAUACUUCUGUAUGCUGCAUAUACCAUUGACUUCUGUAUGUCGUAUAUACCAUUAAUAUCUGUAUGCUGCAUAUACCAUUGAUUUCUGUAUUUCGUACAUACCAUUAAUUUCUGUAUGCUGCAUAUACCAUUAAUUUCUGUAUGUCGCACAUACCAUUAAUUUCUGUAUGCUGCAUAUACCAUUGGUUUCUGU